UGUACAAUUUAUAGACUGUGACGAGAGCGAAACCGGUGUUUAUUAUUAAACUAUUCAAAAUUCAAAAACUAAAAUGACUACGCUACGGCCAUUCACCUGCGACGACCUCUUCAAAUUUAACAAUGUGAAUUUCGAUCCACUUACGGAGACAUACGGGCUCUCCUUCUACACGCAAUAUCUGGCCAAGUGGCCGGAAUACUUUCAGCUUGCCGAAUCUCCCAGCGGUCACAUUAUGGGAUACAUUAUGGGAAAGGUUGAGGGCCAUAUGGAUAAUUGGCAUGGUCAUGUUACGGCUCUCACAGUUUCGCCGGACUACAGACGACUGGGUCUAGCAGCGCUCCUGAUGAACUUCCUAGAAGACAUAUCGGAAAAGAAGCGUGCCUAUUUUGUAGACCUGUUUGUGCGUAAGAGCAAUAAGGUGGCCAUCAAUAUGUAUACAAAUCUGGGCUAUAUCAUAUACCGAACUAUACUCGAGUACUACUCGGGCGAUCAGGAUGAGGAUGCAUAUGAUAUGCGAAAGGCGCUGUCUCGAGACGUUAGCAAGAAAUCGGUUAUACCGUACACACAGCCAAUUACAAUGCGCGAAUUGCGCAACCAAAUGAGGCACGAGUGUUAACAGGAUUCCCCGAUGGAAGCCCAUUUAGAUAUAUUGUACUUAUGAUAGAAUACAAGUUCUUUUUCUUUUAUUUCGAAAAGGAAUACAAAUAAUACAUGUAUCUACAGUGAAUCAAUAAAUUUACAUUUUUAAAUAC